CUCCGGAAAAGCGGCGCUGCAGCGAAAUGCUUCGACUGAACAGAGCGCAGCUCAUAGGAGGGAGGAGGAGAAUGAUGGGAGCGACUUUUUCUUCCAUUUAUAUGACCCAUAUCCUACAGUAGACCUAGAAAUCAUCCUGCCUCAUUCUUGUUCUCGAGGGGUUUUUUUCUCCGUCAAGAUGUCCGCCUCGGCGAUAUUCAUCCUCGACCUGAAGGGAAAGGUUUUGAUUUGCCGUAAUUACAUGGGAAACAUGGACAUGAAUGAAAUUGACCACUUCAUGCCCAUAUUGAUGAAGAGGGAGGAAGAUGCUGAGAUGACACCGCUGGUCAGCCAUGGCUCCUCACAUUUCCUCUGGAUCAAACACAGCAACCUUUACUUGGUAGCCAUGACAAAGAAGAAUGCCAACGCUGCUCUGGUGUACUCCUUUCUUUAUAGGAUAGUUCAGGUAUUUAAGGAGUAUUUUAAAGAGCUGGAAGAGGAAAGUAUUCGUGACAACUUUGUGACAGUAUACGAACUGAUGGAUGAGGUGAUGGACUUUGGAUUCCCCCAGACAACUGAGAGCAAGAUCCUACAAGAGUACAUUACCCAGCAGGGGCAUAAGCUGGAGGUUGGGGCACCUCGACCACCUGCCACUGUCACCAAUGCUGUGUCAUGGCGGUCAGAGGGCAUCAAGUACAGGAAGAAUGAAGUCUUCAUGGAUGUUAUAGAGUCUGUAAAUCUUCUGGUGAACGCCAAUGGCAGUGUCCUGCGCAGUGAAAUAGUGGGCAGCAUCAAGCUAAAAGUCGUCCUUUCCGGAAUGCCUGAACUCAGACUGGGACUCAAUGACAAAGUGUUGUUUGAGCUCACCGGCAGAGAGAAGAGCAAGACAGUGGAGCUGGAAGACGUGAAGUUUCAUCAGUGCGUCCGUCUGUCGCGCUUUGAGAACGACCGGACCAUCUCUUUCAUCCCCCCUGAUGGCGAGAGCGAGCUCAUGUCGUACCGCCUCAACACAACAGUGAGUGGACCCACAAACAAAUCUGUCCUCAUAAAGAGCGCACAUACCAACAACCACCUCCUAGUCAAAGCCCGUAGUCAAUUUAAAAGUCGCUCCACUGCCAACAAUGUGUCCAUUAUGGUGCCGGUGCCCAGUGACGCUGACUCACCCAAGUUCAAGACCAGCACCGGCAGCGCCAAGUGGGUGCCUGAGAAGAGCGCAGUGCAGUGGAACAUCAAAUCCUUCCCUGGCGGGAAGGAGUAUGUGAUGCGGGCCCACUUUGGGCUGCCCAGUGUAGAGAGCGGCGAGUUGGAAGCAAAGAGACCAAUCACAGUUGAUUUUGAGAUCCCUUAUUUCACAGUCUCUGGGAUUCAGGUGCGCUACCUGAAGAUCAUAGAGAAGAGUGGCUACCAGGCGUUGCCGUGGGUGCGCUACAUCACACAAAGUGGAGAUUACCAGCUCCGGACGAACUAAAGGGCACAGCUGCUGCUGCUAGACGAAUGGGUAGUUCCUCCUUCUGCCUGUCUCCGUCUCCUCUGUCUCCAUUUCUCCAGCUUGGAGUCAGGAGACGACAGCUGAGGACAAGAGCAGAAGGACAUGGUAACUGGAAGUCAUGUCUUCUGCAUUUACAAUCUUCAAAGAUGGAAGAAGUGUUUCAUCACCUCUGACCUACAUUUCAUCGAAGGGUUUUCCAGGACUCUAGUGAAACAUUUUUAUUACAUGAAUAAUAAAUUAACAACUUUGGUUCCGACUUCUGAUGCUCCACAUUUAAUGUCAUAUUUCUGUUAAUUUAGCACACAAUUUUAGUAAGAACUUGACAUUUUAAGUGUUACUCAUGAUGUGAUGUUUCGUAUGUAUAACGUAAAAUAACUGAUUACAUGGAGCAAUAUAGCAGCUCUGAGCUAAAGCAGGUUUUUAUUUCUAAGAGGGACAUAGAUAAUGGAGAUUUGUGAUAUGAUAAAUUUAAAAUGUGCCAUGUGCUUCCAAUUUCUCUUCUUCAGUGGAAAACAUUACCUUGUUGCUUUAUGCAGGAUCGUAACCACGGCUUUAUAUCAGUCAGCUCAUUAAACUGUCAAAGUUCCCAUUCCCCAUAUUUUUUGUCAUUAAUAUUUCGAUCACUUUGAAACAUCACUGUGAUACAGUUUUAUCUCUGAUAUAUAUUCUGCCUGCACUGCAAUAGAAGUUCAGGGCCCUGAAAAUGUCUGCCAUCACCACAGGCACUGUGAACAUAAUCCUCAGUGCACUGAAACCAACACCAGCAACCAGGUCAAUGAUUAAUAAGGCACAAUAUUGUCAGAGGCAUUGACUGUAAGAUAAAACCCACUGACUGAGGUUAUAACCUUGUCCCUGUUGUUGAAAUCUGCUUUACAGCUUUGAAACUCUCCAGGAAGAAGUAUGAGAAAAAAGUCUUGAUCUUAUCUCUUGUUUAUACAGCAUUAUUUUAUCCAGUUUGGAUUCAAGCAUCAAAGAACAGAUGGGUUAAGAAGUCUUAACCGUGUGAUGGGAAGGGCUGAGGUUGAAAAGCUUUUUUUUUUUUUUUACUUCACAAAGUUUUGACUUUGUAAACUUGUAACUCUUAGUACUGUACUAUUUUCUUUCGCUGGCUUUUGACAUCUGGCUUUUACAGUUUUUUGGACCCGUUUGUGAUACUUAAAACUCACUCUCGUUUAUAGAUUUUGCAUCACGAUACUUCAGCUACGCUGCUUUAAACAGUUGGUUUUAGAAUAUUUUUACGGGCCUCUAUUGCAAUCAAUCCUUCAUACUGGAUCAGAACAAACAUAAGUGGGCCUUUUUUUUUAAGUGUGUGAUAUUGUCUGAUUUAUUUAUCAACUGCUUGUCCAUAGGAAAAAAGGGAUAUAUUUGGAAAUAAAACAUUUUUUGUAACCA